AUUAGUGGUGUGUCUCAUUUAGGUGCGCAAUCAACAGAUGAGUUCCUGAUGGGCAGAUCAGUAACUACACACAUGUUAGGUUCUAGUUUCAGAUACCAUCAGCUCUUCUCAUGAGCAGGAAGUACCCUCAUAGGCACUUUGAAACAACGCAAGGACUGCAAUGCCAAGACCUUGUCUUCUCAUUUUGAUAUGGGCCAGUGCUCUAACUUCAGGAACUGGUGGAUUUAGUAUCAGGCUUGUGAAUGGUAGUAAUGACUGCUCUGGAAGAGUCGAGAUCCUUCAUGGUGGCCAAUGGGGAACAGUGUGCGAUGAUUCCUGGGACAUUAACGAUGCUGCUGUGGUGUGCAGACAGUUGGGAUGUGGAGAAGCUGUUAGUGCACACUCCAAUGCUUAUUUUGGCAGGGGAAGUGAUCCGAUCUUGUUGGAUGAUGUGAAAUGUACAGGAAGUGAAUCAUCCCUCACACAGUGUGCACACUCUCCUAUUCACGACUGUCGUCAUCAAGAAGAUGCAGGUGUCAUCUGCUUGGCCAUGAGAUUGGUCAAUGGGUCUGAUUCAUGCUGUGGAAGAGUGGAGAUCCGGUAUAAUGGCCAGUGGGGAACCGUGUGUGAUGAUGACUGGGGCAUGAAUGAUGCGGCUGUGGUGUGCAGACAGUUGCAGUGUGGCUCAGCCAUCAGUGCACCUCAAAAUGCCGCCUUUGGUCAAGGCCGAGGAUCGAUCUGGCUGGAUAAUGUUGGAUGUUCGGGAGGUGAAGGAAAUCUCAUAAAUUGUUCACACCAAGGACUAGGAAAUCACAACUGUAAACAUACUGAAGAUGCUGGUGUUGUUUGUUCAAGAGCCUUUGCAGGUGACCUGGACAAGCCCACUCUUUCCCUGAUCACUACACAUGCAGUUGUUUCUCCUGGAGAAAACAUUCAGUUCAGAUGCACAACACCUAAAUCAAGAUGCAAUGCUGCUGCUGAAUUCCACCUCUUCAUAAAUGGAUCAUCUGUGUCCUCCAAGAAACACGUAUCUAGUGCGACUUUCAACCUUUUUAAUGUAGGCGUCUCACAUCAGGGCAUCUACAGCUGUAAUUACUCCUACCAAAACAGCAUUAUGAAGUCACCUUGGAGUAACACUGUUCAAAUCACUGUCGUGCACUUGCUGCAGCCCAGCGUGCCCCGCAUUGCUCCUGAUGGGUGGUUUGGCGUGGGACCUCAGGGGCCCGUGAUCACCAGGGGCCACAGUUUCACCAUCAUCUGUUCCACUGAAUCUCAGUAUCCUGGAGGCCUCUUCUACCUGUUUAGGGACUCAGAUAUCACCGGUUUUCAGUCAGCUGUUAAUCUCUCUGCCUCCUUCUCCUUUCCUGAGGCAGAUUAUUCCCAUGAAGGAAACUACAGCUGUGUUUAUGAAGUCAGUUUGUCCUCACGCACCUUCCGUUCGUCUGCCUCUGAACUGCUGGUCAUCACUAUCAAAGCCUCCCUGCUUCCAGUCAUCGGUGUUGCGGGGUCAGCUGCGCUGCUCUUACUGUCUGUCCUCGUAAUCAUCCUCCUGGUCAAGAGAAGACAAAAGCAAAAGAAAAAGGAAACUCAUUUUAAGUGCUCUUUUAAAAAAGGUCCAGCUAUUAUGAAUACAGGUGGAUCCAAUGACAACAAAUAUGAAGAUGAUGAUGAUGAUGCUGAUUAUGAAAAUGUACAACUUGAUGAAAACAUGGAUCAUGAUGAUACUGAUCAGGACCAUAUUAAUAGAGACUCUUAUAAUUCUGAAGAGGACUAUGUCAAUGUGGACACAGAUGACUCUGAAGAAGACUAUGUCAACAUGAACGUUAAUAUAGAGAAUAAAAGUGUGGUAGUCAAAUCUGAUGAUAACAUUUAUGAAAGCUGUUGUGAUGAAUAUUGAGUAAACCUAAAAUACUAUUAUUAAUGAGGCUCCAAACAGAUGAUUUU